CGUAGCUAAGGUGCAAGUCAGGGGAUAAAGGUGCCCUUGACAGAGACGCUAUAAAAGAAGCGGUCCCUGGUUUGCGGAACCAAACGCUCCUUGAAUUCUUUCACAGACACACACACGCAGAUUCAAUUAAAUAUGAAGUUCGCGGUUGCUUCUCUGGCCUUUGUCCUUCUUGUGGCCGCUGUCCACUCGGCCCCUGCCCCUCAGGAACAAGGUGCAGCACAAGGUCUGGGCGGAGGUUUCGGCGUCAACAACAGCCCCCUUUCGCAACUCCUGCAGGAUGCCCUCUUGGAAACCUCUGCCAAUCAAGAGGCUAGGUCGCGACCAAUUAGGCAGUUAGAAAUGCCAAAUAGCCCCCUCAGUCAGCUUCUCUAUGAUAUUUUGCAAAUUCCCCAAGCCGCUCUGCAGGCAGUUUCGAGGCUGCUGACCAACCCUGGCAACACCAUUGGACAAAGCUUUAACUACGCCUCUACAAGGAGAAACCAAAUUCCAAAUGCUUAAUUCCGAAGAGAAAAAACAAAGGAAUUUAAUUUUUAAGUUCAACUAAACAUCUAUUUAAAUUGCCAAUAAUGUAAACUGACAAAUUAUAAAAUAAAAAAUAAAAUGUUACAAUAAAAAAUAAAAUAAUACAUAUUAUUAAUCGA